UCAUGUACGAGCCCGUGUUGCGUAAAGGCCAUUGCCUCCCAGCAUUCGGCUUUCCCGCUGUCCGACCCUGGCUCCAGUGCCAUUUAUUCCACCAUGGCGACACGCGCAGCCUCUCGGGUUUCUGCAAGACAACUAUUACUCGCUACUGUCAUUACGUUAGCCGUUUGCAGCUCCGUCACGUCGGCCGCGAAAUGCUACCCCAAACAGGCUACCACGUCGGCCCCUGCGACUACAACGACGCCAGACAUCAAUUUCGAUUUCCCUGACAAUGAAACCCCGGCAGUCACGGACUCGCCGAAUCAGCAAACGACGGAAGCACCAACGCAGAUGACGACAGAGGCCCCGGACACACCCGAGGUGACCAACCCUACACAAACUGCGGGGUCCUCGGAGUCCAGCAAUGAUGGCACCACCGGCUCCCAGCCGGCUCAAGGCCCAAUCGAGGGAUCAAGUGAAGGCCCUACGCAGUCUUCCACAGAGGGAUCAAGUGCCGAGACCCCAUCGACGUCCGGUAACUCAACCGGAGAGCAUGCCACCUUUGGCGACAUCACCUCAGGAAGCGGCAAGUGCGUCGUUGGUGACCCGAACGCAUAUAUCACUAAGGCCGAUGUGGAUUGGGUCUGGAAGCAGAGGAUGUCGAAAUAUGUGCCGGAGUUCAAGAACUACAUCUUUGACCAGCUCGUGAACAAUAAGGGAAAACUUAGCUACUGUGUGCGUUGGGACAGCACUAACAAGCUCUCGAAAACAGUGGCAUCCAAGUUCGAGGCAAUGCUGAAUCGACAAUUCAAGGCGUGGAACGAGUGGCUUAUCGGGUACGACUGUUGGCCGAUCGACACGAUCGAAGUGAAGAUUGUCGGGUGGGCGACGCGCGAUGCCUCGCUUUUCGACUGGAAGGAUGACUCCCUAGGCACAAUCUACACAACUGAAAAGGACUCCGACGGCGUUCCACAGUGCCCGGAGGCCUGCUACAAGCACAAGGACUUCGCGGCUAACGCUGACACCAGCUCUUGCAAGGGAGAGCCGUUCGACAUGUCACUGUGGCCUACGAAGGGCCAAGGUGGUGGUGCCGGUGGUGACUGGGGUCAGCGUGUCGACGAGGCAUCUAUGGUUGCAUCAAUUGACCAGGAACAACUGAUCAUCGUGGCUCACGAAAUCGGCCACGGUUUCGGCCUUCCCGAUUUCUACGAGACCACUGACCAACCCAACGAGGACUUCCCGGUCUGCAUUAUGAAGGCAGGUUCUUCGCCAACAAUUACGCCUGGUGACGGUUGGAUGCUACGCCGUGUCUUGGAAAACAUCAAGUCCCGUUACAAGUUUUAGGUGACUUCUAUCGAGUGUGCAUGUUGAAAUGACCAUACCUAAUGCCACAGGUAGCGGUCAUCUUGAUGUCGUAAACCCAAAUAAUACUGCAUGUUGAGUCAAAAUGA